UAUCAAAUCCAGACGAUUUAAUAUUAAUAUUAUCAAGUAAGAGCUGUACUGAAACUAGUAAAACUCUAUUGACUCCAGAAUCCAAAGAACUAAAUGAAACACCCUGUUUGUCCAUGCAUGAACAUAACAAGCCCGAAUGUUUAUUAAACCAAAAUGAUCACAGAUUCACUGUUAAUAAAGAUAAUCUAACAAAUCCAGACAAUCUUAUAUUACUAAAUAACAGCAACACAGAAACGAGUAAAACUCUAUUGUCUACAGAAUCGGAAGAAAUAAAUGAUACACCACGUUUGCCAAUGGUUGAACAUAACAGUCUUCCUAAACAAAGUAUUGUUCCUGAAAAUGAUCCUGCCAAUUGGAUAAAAAAUCAAGAAACGAUAGAUUAUUUAUCAAUCAAUGGAUUUAACCAAAAUUUAGAGAACAAUAAUUUCCAAAAGUCAAAAAGAAUUUACACUCAAAUAAUUGGUGGGGUAAGACGUACUCGUUUUCGAUAUAUGUCAAAAAGUAUAUUUAUAUCUACUCUUGUUAAUGGUGAAAAAAUUAACCGAACAUUUUUGAUUUACUCAGAAAGUAAAGGAUCAAUAUUUUGUGCUCCCUGCUAUUUAUUUGGUGGCACUACAUCGUUUGCCACAGUUGGUUUUUCAGAUUGGAAAAAAGGAGAAGAAAAAAUCGUCAUGAAAAUUCACAACACCACAAAUUGUGUGUAA